CUUCUUCUCAUAAUUGUUCCACAACACAAAACGCAGUCAAAUUCCGAUCCGAACUACGAGCUCAGACCCUUUAAAAGGUCAAAACUCGAACGUUGGAAAGUUUUUUUCCCCUUCUGAUCAAUGGACUUCUUCGGUCACUACUUUGACCCGAAACCGUACGAGUCAGAAUACAACCCGUCGAUGCCGGAGUCAUCCACAUUUCCCGACUCCUGCACAUCUCGCCGAUCCCACUCGGAUGAGGAGCAUCUGUUAGCGUCGAGUCGCCCUAAGAAACGGGCAGGCCGAGUGGUGUUCAAGGAGACAAGGCAUCCGGUGUACAGAGGAGUGAGGCGUCGGAACAACAAUAAAUGGGUGUGCGAGCUCCGGGAGCCGGCCAAGCAGUCCCGCAUCUGGCUCGGCACCUACCCCACAGCUGAGAUGGCUGCUCGGGCCCACGACGUGGCCGCCCUGGCUCUCCGUGGCAGCUCUGCCUGCCUCAACUUCGCCGACUCAGCCUGGCGCCUCCCCGUCCCCGCCUCCACUGACCCCGCCGACAUCCGCCGCACUGCUGCUGAGGCAGCUAACGCCUUCCGCCCCGACAAGCUCGAGGACGCCCCGGGGGAUGGCGCCGACGCAGGCAAUGAGGAGGAGGAGGCGGCUGGGGGCCAAGGGAGCGAGGGAGUUGUUGAUGCGAUCCCAAGCAGUUUCGGGGCGGGCGAUGGGACUUGGGACAUGGAAGGCUGGCUCGAAGGGCCACUCCUCUCCCCACCCCACGGCCCAGGCAGCGGCGUCCAAGUAGGGUGGGAGGAGCCCGAGCCCGACGCCGAGGUGUCACUUUGGAGCUUCUCAAUUUGAGAAACCACGAGAAGGAAAAUGAUCCUGAUAUACAACAAAUAAUAAAUAGAGUCCUCUUGUUGCUGCUACAGUUGAGUCGAAAAUGAAAUCUCACCGAGAUUAUACUAGAGAAGAAUUGUGUGGCUUAGUUUUGUGAGACGUUAAUAUUAGGCCUUUAGUGAGCUAUAGUUCUCGUCAUUGUAGAUUUGGACCCCUUCUAUUAUUCAAAGGGAACAUCUGUAAGAGGAUCCAUGAUUUUUAGGAUCAAAGUUUCCAGAUAUUAAAGGGGGAGGUGACUUAAUUUCUUUCU